CAGCGAAACGUCUGAAGAAGCUCUAUUCCAGCUCGAAGGACAGCGGCCUCUCCGUGCAGCUGUGCUCGUCGCCCGGAGAGGAGAAUCAGGAGAGAGACACCACCGCUCCACCAGGUCCUCCACAACCUAAUUCAAGGGUAACUUCGUAAGUUUGACGGAAGCACAUACCCUCCCUUCUCUCGGCGACCACACUUCAGAGUUGGAGUUCUUUCUCUGUACUGCUGUUUUGCAAUGUUGGGAGCCAUUACCUUCCCUUCCUCUGCAACUCCACCGACCUUACGGGUACCUGUUUUGGGUUAUUCGAAUGUUAGAAACUCGCGAUUGCUAAAGCUGAGAGCGUGCCUUUUUGAUUUUCCUCUCGCAAGCAAAAUUAUCGUUAGAAAUUUGUCCCACUCAACUAGUGAAGCCAAACUGCAAAAGGAGUUCUCUAAUUUUGGUGAGGUAGUAGAAGUUAAGAUUGUCAAAGAUGAAGCUACAAAGAAGUCGAGGGGGUAUGCAUUUGUUCAAUAUACCUCUCAAGAUGAUGCAAUGCUAGCAUUAGAAAACAUGGACUGCAAGUAUAUUGAUGGCAGGUUGGUUCAUGUGGAACUAGCAAAACCUGUAAAGAACACCUUUGGAGCAUACCCAAGAUCAUCAGGCCCUCCACCCACUACAUAACAGAAUUCACUUGGGUCAGUUAGCAAAAAUACUGACCUCAUAAUGUUCAAAUGUUGCCCGUGCUUCAACAUGAAGCAACUCCCAACUAUACAAGUUCAAAGGAAGUGAAGUCGUACCAUUUGACUAUAAGGGAGUCAUUAUGAAGCCACAUUUCUAAGAUCAGAGAAUUACAAGAAAUACUGCUUAAUUGGUACUUAGUUUUUUUCUCUUCUUUUCUUAGCUAGGUAAGCAUUCAAUAUUGCAAGACAAAAUGUUCACUAUGUUGCAGUAUUCCAGCUAUUAGUUUUGUUCGGCAAGCACUGAUACCCUUUAGGCUUUUAGUCAAAUGGUGUCACAACACUUUCUUAGAUAUUCCAGACUUCCAGUUAAGGUUUAUUAUAAAUGAGAUAGUAUUAAAUUUGUCUACC